AUGCCUCCGGUGCGGGUCGUGCCUCCGGAUGUCGAACCGGAGAGAUCUGCACUGGCCUAGCCCGGUCGAUUGGUCCCGCCGUCCGGGCUCAAGUUUGAAUUGCUAGUGUCUUACAGACCGCUAGAUUAGCCUCGGCGCCGCGCAAAGCGCUGUGGGUAACGCUAGACGCUGCGCGCGGCCUUGAUGGCGCGCCGCUUUUCGGAGUCAGCGCGCUGGCCGGACGGCCAAGAAAGGAAAGCGCGGCAAAAAACCAAGGGCCGCUAAAAAGCAAACACAGAAGACCACCACCAAGACCACCGCCACCAAAGGCAAGAAGAAGAAGGCGCCGCCGUCAAAUGCGUUCGUUGCUAGCAAAUACAAGGACUCCGAAGGCAAGCGCGUGAUAUACUUCAACGCCUACGAUGCCGCGGACCUCAAAGAUAGCGCCGAGUACUGGGAGGUCACCGCGCUGCCAGAAGGUUGCAGCACGCCCGACGGCUAUAUUAGGGUGCGCUUCGAGGACGGGUCUGUCUCGCACUACGACCCCGGCUUGCUCACGCCCCGUUUUGUACAUCUGGAUGAGGGAACGCUCGUCGACGUGCGCGGGUAUGACGUGAGAUACCGGGCUCCGAAGUGGGAAAUCGUCGAGUCAAACGCUGCUGACCAGGUGUACGUCGUCAACAAGGAGGGCGCCACGGACGACUCGGAAGAAAUGGCGGUCGACUUCAAGAGUGUGCGACAACGUCCUCGUUUCUUCCCCGACAAUCCGGAGUAUUAUGGAAGAUCGAAGCAGCCAACCAAAGAGCACCCGGACUACGUCUUCUCCUGGGUUUUCCGUAAAAUGAUGUUUUCGAAAAGGAAUCGAGAAGCCGGAAUCGCCUCGGGUUCCUUAGCCCCCAGAAAGAGGGACGACGAGCAGGGCUACCUCCAUCAUCCAACUACGAUGUACAAUCAGCAAUACCAGAAAGAUCAUGCAGAGCAAAUAAAAGAGCAGAAAGCGAAGUACGAACCGUAUUGCUGCUUCUGUGGCAGGGCUUGCAAGGUGUCCGCUUGCAAUUGCGGUGGAAAGGGUACUGGAAAAAGGCAGCUAGCUCAACUUGUCCGGCAGACCCUCCGUCUCGCAUUAACCGACGGUCUGGGCGGCGAGCUCACGGAUGAAAAUUGCAGACUUCUCACGGGCUUCCCUGCGGGUGAGGUCCAGCAAAUCCUGCAAGCAGCCAUCCCUGAUGACGUGAACAUCGAAGAACUACUGGAGAAGAAGUGCGUGCAGCGUGGAUUGCCGUAUCCGUCGUGCGUGAUCCACAAGGACCACAUCAAGGCGGUUAGAUCCUGCGUCCAUCAUUACGGGUACGCCAUCGACGCGACGCGACGCUGUACGCCGCGUGUCUGCUCGACGCGACACUCACGGUCCACGUUCCACAGGUCGCGCAGUGGCUCAGUGAGCUGGGCCAGAAGCCUGGCUGGAACCACGACAAGACGCCAAACGACGCUUUGCGGCUUAUCAACCGCAUCGAGAACCUGCAGUAUUUGAUCUGGCGGGCGAACUUGGACAAGGGCGCCGCCUACACCGAGGCCAUUCGUAAGGACCUGGCCGACUACGAGAAGUGCUUCUACAGCGCAGCCCAGCUCAAAAAAAGAGACGUGUUGCGCCGGAAGUAUUUGCCGUUGUCGAAGGUCUUGGCGAACGUGAAGGCGUGGGCCGCGCGGCGCGGCGGGGCGAGGGCCUGGCGGCCCAUCGGGGUCCCGGAACUCUCCCACUCGCCCCGCGAGGUGGGCAAGCUCAUGGCGCUGUGAGGUGUUUAGUGUAAGUUGGUCUUGUAGAGAA